AAAUCCUUACAAAUGAAAACCAUCGUCUUUUUUGAGGAAAGCAGCGCAGAGAAGAACCUUUUCAAUGAAAUCCAAAGAUAUAUUUGUGCUGUUUUUUCUGUUACCUAUUGUAACAGUUGAGUCAGGAUUCUUAGAUUUUAUCAAUGUGUUUCGCGACAAAGACAAUUUACGACCUUUUGAUGCUAAAGAGUUUGGAAAAGAUCUAAGGAAUUCCUUAUAUGGGCAAGACAUUGCACUGAAAAUGAUACAGAAAUCUGUGUCCUGGUUUAUAAAAGAUUCAAAUCCAUCAAAACCACUGGUCCUUUCUCUACAUGGACCAACAGGGGUAGGAAAAACGUACGUCACCAAGAUCAUUGCAAGGAAUAUUUAUGAAAUGGGGGAGAAAAGCCAACAUGUCCACACAUUCAUAGCCACAUAUCACUUCCCACUCAAAGCCCAGGUAAAGAUAUAUGAAGCUCAACUAAAACAGUGGAUUCUUGGAAAUGUAUCAAGUUUUCCUCGCUCAAUGUUUAUAUUUGAUGAAACGGAGAAGAUGAACUCACGUCUGAUUGACACCAUAAAACAUUUUCUGGACUACGUGCCCAAAGUAGAUGGAGUGUCAUUCCACAAUGCAAUCUUCAUUUUUAUCAGUCAAACAGGUGGAAAUGUGAUCAACAAACUGGCUGUGGAUUACUGGAGAAAGGGUGAAGAGACAGAAGAACUACAUAUCAACACAAAUGGAAUGGAGAGUGAAAUUCAAGACAUCUUCAAAGAUAAGAGCAGUGGAUUUUGGCAAUCCUGUCUAAUAGAAAGUCACCUGGUGGAUCACUUUAUUCCUUUCCUGCCUCUGAAACUCAAGGAUGUACGCAAAUGUGUUCUGGAUGAAAUGGUCAAAAGGAAUAUCCCGAUUAAUCGUAAUUUGGCAGAUAAAGUGGCCGGAAACAUGAAGUAUUUUCCACCAGAAGAGAAAAUCUUCUCUGUUACAGGCUGCAAGUCAGUCAAACAGAAGUUGGUGCUGUAUACUCACGAUACUGAUACAUUGUAGUUUACUAAACACACUCUAAAAAAUUAAAAAUAUAAAAAAUAUAUAUAUUUUUUUUGGAAGUUUAACUUUUUAUUACCAAACAUAUAAAUUAAUAGCAGAAAGUAAAAUCACAGCUUUAGUCAACAAACACUACACAUUUGAAAGUGCUAACUUUUAUAGCAAAAUAGAAAAAAAUUACCAAACUUAAAUAGAAUAGCAAAAUAAUAAUAAAAAAUAAUCCAGACAUGUUUUUCCCAAGUACAAUGUCACUUUAAAUAAAUUACAUUAAAUAAACACCAAUAAGUAAACAAGAAUGCUCAAUAUUCUUAAAUAAAACAAAGAUUUAGAGA